CCGGCGGCGGCGGCCGGCGGGCGCCAUGCCGAUCCAGAUCGUGAACAGCGGCGUGGACCUGAGCGACAAGGAGGGCCGCCAGGUGGCGACGCGCACGAUGUACCGCACGCGGCUGAACACGGACGAGGAGCUCGCCGAGGAGCAGGGCCACAAGCCCGAGUCGGCGCCGUUGUCGCCGCGGCGGAGCCUGCAGGACGCCGACGCGGCCAAGGCGAACAACGCGCUGCACAGCCUGCUCAACCUCAAGGUCUACCUCGUGGCGAGCGACGAGAAGGGCAAGAGCCACAAGCAUUUGCUGUCGCUGCAGACCGUCCGCGACGCCGACGACGGCGGCGGCGGCUCGCCGCGGUCCCUCGUCGACGCGCGGCCGGCGAUCCGCGCCGAGCUCGACAACGCGACGCACGAGUCGCGCGGCGACCGCGAGGGCGACAAGGAGGACGCCGAGGCCAAGAGCGGCGCCGCGCCGCCGAAGCGGCCGAAGCCGCACGUCGUGUCGCGGCCGGCAAGGCGCAAGCUGCGGCCCAGCGGCUUCGCGGCCAUCAAGAGCAGCGUCGAGAAGGGCGGCGUGCUGGUCAAGUCGACGCAGCAGGGCACGCCCCUCUGCACCUUCGUCCGGACCGUCGACGCGCUCGAGGCGCUGCGGCAGCGCGCGGAGACGCCGGCCGCGAAGCGCGAGGACGAGGGCGAGGACGAGGGCGAGGAGGAAUUGGACGAGGGCGACGACGAGGGCGUCGACGCCGACGCCGAGCAGGCCGCGGCGCUCUUCGGCGCCUUUGGGGUGGAGCUCGGCGGCGAGGCCAUGGAGGCCGCGCGGACGGCGGCCGGCGGGUCGCUCGCGGCGAGCUCCGCGACGAACUUCGCGGCCACGAAGGGCUCCGACGGCCGGCCGGCGUCCGCCGGGUCCGACGGCUCCGGCGGGUCCACGCGGAGCUCCAUGAGCGGGCGGAGCUCCGCGUCCUUCGUGUCCGACGCGUCCGCGAUGACGUCCAACACCAAGGGCGGCCGCCGGGGGAAAGCUUUAAAAGCCGCGUCGAAGAAGAAGAAGGACCACCUCCUCAAGCACCGCGACGGCAAGCACGACAACGGCCGGCGCAACGCCGAGGAGCUCCGGCGGAAGCUCGACGACUACGAGGGCCUGCUCCGGCUCCCCAAGGCCGCGCUCGACUCGCCGAGCGACGGCGGCGGCCACGAGGCCGCGUCCGGCGGGCCGGCCUUCCCGAGCCCGCCGCCGGGCGCGCGGCGCAGCGCCCUGGGCAAGUCCGUGCCCCACUACAUGCGGCCGACGAUCUACGCGCAGGGCUCCGGCGCCAAGGGCGUCGCGGGCGGCGCGCCGAGCCCGCAGGCGCUGGCCGCCGCGGCCGCCGCGAACCACCGGAGCCAGCUCGGCGGCGUCUUCGCGGGCAAGGAGGACGGCGGCGGCUCCGGCGACGAGCGCGCGACCCGCGCGAGGAGCCCCGGCGACGGCGGUCGCGCCGCGAGCCCGACGCGGAGCACGCGCGCGGAGCCGCCCUGGGCGCCCGAGAAGCCGCCCGCGCGGUCCGCGCACGCCGUCGCCCUCGGGAACAUGCUCCGGCGCGCGCGCGAGUCGACGGCGGCGUCGGCGACGGCGACGAAGGCGCUGAUCAAGACGCUCCAGGACGUCACCCAGACGACGAAGCGCAACGACCGCGACCUCAACGCGGCGCUCCGCGCGCACGCGCGCGACUGGCACCGGUCCCUGCCGCUCAAGUUCGACGGUCUGGUGCCCGGCGCCCACGUCGCCUCGGGCCGCUACGCGACGCUGCCGUCGUCGUUGAAGUCGCCCGCGGCGUCGCCGCGCGCCGCGCCCGCGUCGCCGCGCGACGCCGGCGGCGCACCGACGCUCACGCCCGAGGCCAUCGCCGCGGCCGCCGCGGGCGACGCCAAGCCCGACGCGGGCUCCGACGCCGACGACCACGGCUCGUUGAGCGGCAAGAGCGGCGUCAUCGACGACGACAAGGAGCGCGCGCCCCAGGUCUACCGCGACGUCAAAUUAGAAAUCCGCGCGAUGCGGCACCGCAUCGCCGCGCGCCAGCGGGGCAAGAUCGCCGAGUCCGUGCGCCGCCACAACUGGUUCCGGCCCGUGCUGAAGAAGAUCGGCGACGCGACGAAGACGGGGCCCCUGCCGCGCUGCAUGCUCAAGUUCCUGGGGACCGCGCACCGCUGCAUCGCGAACGGCGACGAGAUCGACGGCGACGUCUUCUUCCAGAUCUGCGCGCUGGCGUUCCGCGGCGACGACUGGAAGCUGCCCAUCCUGUCGUCCGUCGUGCCCAUCGUCUGCGACGCGCUCUCCAUCUCCCACGACGCGCUUUUAGCGUGGUUCAAGCGCAACGGCGUCGCCGCGCCGCCGACGCUCCAGCGCGGCUGGCGCCGCCGCGGCGGCCGCGGCCGCCGCGCGACGCACAACGCGCGCCGCGGCCGCGGCGGCGCCAAGGCCAAGGGCAAGCGCUUCGGCGGGCUCAGCGCGCUCAACGAGGACGGCGCGCCGGGCUCGGAGAACGGCGGCGGCGGCAUCCUCGAGGAGGACGAGGACGAGGACGGCUCCGAGUUCGACGACUCCAAGUCGACGCGCUCCUCCAUCAAGCGCGGCGCGAGCUCCUAAGCGCGAGGGCG